GUGGUCAUUCUGUUUGUGUGUGUGACAUGUUGUGGUGGGUGAUGAAAUAUUUCAAAAUUCAAAAGUUGUGGCUGUAGAAAUAGAAAAGAAAUAUAAGCAUUACCUUUAAUCUAAGCGUAAUACGUUAUUAUACAAAACAGACGUCGUAAUAGAAGUACAAAAAUGUCUUGUAAAACAUUAAUAGAUUUCGUGGUUAAAUACCACAAACCGCGACUGCUAAACAAUGUUGUGUGCUUUCCGAGUAAUGGGAACUCUUUUUUCGGAAGGCGAUUUUUAACACCCGUAAAUGCAGUGUCGUGUUCUACUCCCAAGAUCCAGUCUCCAAGAUACAUCAGCACAACCCUAUCGAAUUUUAACGGUGCACAACUAACGACCGAGCCGCAAAAAUGUGAAGGAAAGUUUCAGCUUAUGUUUACAUGCAAAAAAUGUAACACUCGGAAUUCAAAAUUCAUCACAAAACUGGCGUAUUACAAGGGUGUAGUUAUUGUUAUAUGUGACGGCUGCCAAAACAAACACUUGAUAGCUGACAAUCUUAAUUGGUUCUCAGAUAUGAAUGGUAAAAAGAACAUUGAAGAUAUUAUGGCAGAGAAGGGCGAGACUGUACAGAAAAUCAUGUCCAACGACUUAGAGUUUAUUGCUCAAGAAAUUGUAAAUAAUGUUGACAAAAAGGUGUUAGAUGGGUAGCUUAUUAAUAGGUCACAGUAAAGUACUUGCUAGACCCGCUACAAUGCUCCUAAACAGAUGGAUGGUUGGUUAGAGUGGGAUGACAAUGUAACAGAUUACUCAUGAUACAGAUGGAGCAUAUGGAACACAAUGGUGUCGUACCCGUCACAAAUACAAAAUUAAACUGUUCUCAAAAACUAACGAAAUAAGAUGGAGUAUUUUUUAUUUGUUAUUAUUGAUUAUAUUAAUAUAUUAAUUUACCUAAUUGUUGUUAGUGUUAAUUUAUAAAUACAAAUUAUGAAAAAAAAUUGUAUACUUGACAUCCAUGUAUACAAUUUUUUUUGAUGCAUGACUUUUGUUUUUUUUUUUGCUUUAGCACGCAUCUUGUAAAGACUCACUCUGGUUACUCUGUGUUUAUUUAUAACACUAAUUCCAGUUUUUACCACAAUUUUCACUGAUUAUUAUCUGCUCCUAUUGGGCCCAAGCCUAUUCUAUUGCUUCCUCAAUAAAUCAUUCUUCAAUUUGAACUCAAUUCACAAGAAUUGCAUGUUUAACCAAAUAAACCCUUUAGAUAUCUAAUAUCUUUAAAGUACAAAAACUAAAAACUGUCUACCGUAGUAUCACACUGUUUUAAAUUACUAAAAGUUGUAAAUAAAACAUCAACCAAAGA